AUGGCGGGGGAGGAGGCGGCGGAGGAGGCGGCCGAGGCGGCGGAGGAGGCUGACGCUGCGCGAUCGCAGCCCUCGGCAUCCCCGACCAGGGACGGGCUGCGGCCGUUGCGGCCGCUGGGGGCGCAGCCCGUGUCGGCGGCCUCGCUGCUGCUGGGCGGCAAGGCAGCCGGGCAGCGGCCUGCCUCGAUCGCGGCCCCGCUGUCCGCCGGCCCCCUGGAGGAGGAGAGCAGCGGCGGCGGCUCCGGCUGGAAGCUCACGGGGGCCACCGUGGGCGAGCAGGCGGCAUCGCCUUCGGAGCCGAAGCGGCGGCAGCACAUCUUCAUCUCGAGCCAGCCGGCAGGGUGUCAUUUUGCUUCGUAG